AGCUGUGGUAGAUGCUGGAGUGGUACCGAAAGUAGAUGUCCCGAAUCCGGUACUCGUUGAAGCUGGUGUGGUACCAAAUGCUGGAGUGGACCCGAAUCCACUGGUGGGAUUGGUACCAAAUGCUGGUGUAGUACCGAAUCCAGUUGUGGAUGUGCUGCCAAAGCCAGUAGCUGCUGGUGUACCGAAUCCAGUACUUGUUCCAAAUCCACCAGUUGCUGGAGUGGAAGCGGUGCUAAACAGACUUGGAGCUGAUGUUGCUGGUGUACUGAAUCCAAAGGACGGUGUCCCAAAUCCUGCUGAAGGAUCAAUUUUCAAAUUAUUCAAAUGUGUCUUAUACUUGAAGUACGAUUUGGCAGAAUACUGGAAAUCACGUACAGGAUGAAUAUAGCUAUGAUUUUCACUGUUGGAUUUUGUUUUUUUCAUUUGAAGCUGCUUCAAAUGGAAUAACCAGGGAAUGACAGAACUAUUUUAAAUAAAAUCGCGGCAAUAAUUAUUAUUUAUAAUUUAUGUGAAUACAUCGAGUAUACAAAGGAUAUCGUUAUAUACAUUUAUUAGUAUAAAUUGUCUUAGGUUUGGAUAUUAAAUCAUGUCACACGUGAAUCAGGAACAGAGAUACGAGCAAAUAGUUCACAAGUUGUUAAAGAUACCCAUAAUGCCUACUAAUAAGUUAAGACAUCGCCAAGCUGAUCACUUUCACAACACUGCUACAGAAAUUUCAGGAGAAAUUGGUACCACAGACAGGGCUAUUGGAGAUGUUACAGCUGAAAUUAUGAUAACAACACUAGGGAAAAUACCAAAUGAAAUGUACUACAUAGAAGACACAAAUCCCCCAAAAUUAGCAGCGCUCGAGAACAUUCAAGAGGAGAAUACUUACUCAACCAACAGCAUUAUAUCAUCCACAGAAAUGAACAAAGGAGGCACCGAACCUGGUUAUUCACCGGUUUUAGUGGCUCUACUAUGCACACUUGUGGUUAUACUAUUCAUGUGCUGUAUUACGGCAUGCUUAGUAGCCAAGUCCAAGAGAAGAAACAAUUUUUUUAACAAGGGAUGCGACCCAGGGUGCACCGGUAUGAGCCAACCGCUAUUGGAUAAGAUAUCGGAAUGCUCCAACAAAACGAGCAGUGGCACUCAGAGAAAUUAGGCAAUAUUGGCGUAGACUUUGCAAGUUAACAUAUAGAAUCGAGCAAAGCAGUUGCCAAAGAAAGGGCAACGCGAAUGGCUUAUGUAAAUUGUACAGAAAUAUAUUACACAUGCACUGAUAUGCGACAGCCUGCAAAAUCCGAGCGAUUUACGUAUUUGGUUUCUAACUGCACCUGGAACAGAAUCUUUUGCGGGACGGCGAACAGUUUCCAAAUAAGGCAAACAGUGCGAGCAAAAUGAGUCGUAGAAUAGGCCCGAAAGGGUCACAUGUAACAACGAAAUUCGAAAUGUGACAUAACCUUAAAAGAAGAGAACUUACCCGGUUUCACGGGAGUCGCCGUCGUAGAGGCCGUGGCACCGAAACUGAAUGCAGGAGCCGGCGUCGAGGUAGUCACUCCGAAUCCCGUGCCGAAUGACAUUUCUUCGUCCAAAUGAUAAUCAACGCACGAGGAAAACACGCUUUACCCGCGCGCGCGCCUUACAAUUUCGUAUAAACGACAGUGCAACGAAUAUGGCGGGCUGACAUGCGCCACGAACGCAAACUCCCGCUUGUGCGCAGAACGCGUAUUGCGCGCAUCACGUGGGCCGCCGCGUGAUUCAAAUUCAAAUUCAAACGACCAUCAAAACAACACCUGUUAAGACAGACGGCGCGAUCUUGAAAGCGGAAAAAACGUUUGCGAACCGGACCAGUUUUCGCGAGCAAAGAGACCGGAUAUGCAGAGCAGUGUCUCGAUUCUAUUUCAGCAUGUCUUACAAAAUGGCGGAGUUAUUAGAGGAACCUUGUCAGCUUGUACCCGAUCAAUAGAUUAUAAAAAAAAUAAAAGUACUACGGGAUUUAAA